UCGGAGAUGGCAGGAACCACGGUGAGUGGAGUUAGACCGACUGAAGAGAAGCUGAGCAGCGCUGAGAGCGGAGGGAUGCGCAACUGAAGAAGAUGAAAUGAUGCAAGUCUGUGGUUUCCUCUCGACAACAUAGAAUAGAAAAACAACUUGCACUCCAUCAGAACAUUUUGAAAGAGUUAGAAGCGAUCCCAAGGAGCAGCACCGUGGUUUUCUUUGGGGAAUGGUGUCAAACUACUGGAAACUGCUGUCGGAGAGUGAGCCGCCUUCCUUCUCCAGUACAAGAUGCCUGUGAUGAAGGGCCUCCUGGCUCCACAGAACACCUUCUUGGACACCAUCGCAAACCGCUUUGAUGGCACUCACAGUAACUUCCUGCUGGGGAAUGCUCAGGGACGUCAUGGGCACCCCAUCGUGUACUGCUCGGACGGGUUUUGUGAGCUGACCGGCUUCAUUCGGACUGAGGUGAUGCAGAAGACUUGUACCUGCAGCUUCCUGCAUGGAGCCGAGACCAAUGAGAGUGUAAUCCAACAGGUAGACAAAGCUCUGGAGGGCCAACAGGAGUACCAGGGAGAGGUCUGCUUCUAUAGGAAGAGCGGAAAUCCAUUUUGGUGCCUCCUGGAUAUUGUGGCAAUUAAAAAUGAGAAAGGUGAGGUGGUGCUGUUCCUCUUGUCCUUUAAAGAUGUAAGUGACUCAUAUGGGAAAAGUCGUCGCUACAGCCAGGGAGACGGUAUGUCAGAGGAUGCUCAGCAAAGCAGGAAAAGCAAUCGAUCGCACUUUUCUCAAGCUCGAGAGAGAGGGAGGACUAUUGUGCAUCGCCUUACCAACCUGUUCACCAAGAGGGGCAAGAGGAAGCUGACCGAUAGCGUGUUUCAGAAACCGUCUCUACCCGAGUACAAGGUGGCCGCUGUGAAGAAGUCCCGGUUCAUCCUGCUGCACUACAGCAUCUCCAAGGCCUUGUGGGACUGGCUCAUUCUGCUGGCCACCUUCUACGUUGCCGUCGCUGUACCUUAUGACAUCUGCUUUGUCAGCCACGACGAGGGCAGCGACUACCACUCCCUGGUCAGCCGCAGCACCAUGGGCAGCGACAUAGCUGUGGAAAUGCUCUUCAUUCUCGAUAUUAUCCUAAAUUUCCGCACCACCUAUGUGAGUCAGUCCGGUCAGGUAGUGUACGACGCACGCUCCAUCUUCCUCCAUUACUGCACCACUUGGUUCUUUGUGGAUCUGAUCGCAGCGUUACCCUUUGACCUUCUCUAUGCUUUCAACAUCACAGUGACCUCGCUGGUGCACUUGUUGAAGACGGUUCGUCUGCUGCGUCUGCUGCGCCUGUUACAGAAGCUGGAUCGUUACUCGCAGUACAGCGCUGUAGUCCUGACCCUGCUCAUGUCUGUGUUUGCUCUGCUGGCUCACUGGAUGGCUUGCGUCUGGUACGUCAUUGGACGCAAGGAGAUAGAAAGCAGUGACCCCGUUACCUGGGACAUAGGCUGGCUUCAGGAGUUGGGAAAGCGUCUGGAUACACCAUAUGUCAACCGCACCAUGGGUGGUCCCUCCAUCCCUAGCGCCUACAUCGCCUCGCUCUACUUCACCCUCAGUAGCCUCACCAGUGUCGGUUUCGGCAACGUGUGUGCCAAUACAGACGCCGAGAAAAUCUUCUCCAUCUGCAUUAUGCUCAUGGGCGCCCUGAUGCACGCGGUGGUCUUCGGCAACGUGACAGCCAUCAUCCAGCGCAUGUACUCACGCCGCUCUCUCUACCACACCCGGAUGAAGGAUCUCAAGGACUUCAUCCGGGUGCAUCGGCUCCCCCAGCUGCUGAAGCAGAGGAUGCUGGAGUACUUUCAGGCCACCUGGUCUGUCAACAAUGGCAUCAACGCCAAUGAGCUGCUGCAUGACUUCCCAGAUGAACUGCGAGCUGACAUUGCCAUGCACCUGAACAAAGACAUCCUGCAGCUCCCUGUAUUUGAGCGAGCCAGCAGAGGGUGUCUGCGUUCCCUCUCCCUGCACGUCAAGACCUCUUUCUGUGCACCUGGGGAAUACCUUAUACGCCACGGAGAUGCCCUUCAAGCCAACUAUUUCGUCUGCUCUGGCUCCCUGGAGGUUCUGAAAGAUGGCAUGGUCCUGGCCAUCCUGGGCAAGGGCGACCUUAUUGGGGCUGACCUCCCGGAACAUGACCAGGUGAUCAAGACCAACGCAGACGUGAAGGCGCUGACCUACUGUGACCUGCAGUACAUCGGUGUUAAAGCUUUGAGGGAGGUCCUUGCUCUAUACCCGGAGUACGGCAGCCGGUUCAGCUCUGACAUCCAAAACAACCUCACCUACAACCUGAGAGAGGGCAGUGAAACUGACGGAGUAACAAAGCUCACAUGGUGUUCCAGGCAGUCUCAGGGUCACGCUGCCAUGGACCAUAAACUACCCUACAUUGUUGAGGCAGAUGAUGGUGAACGUGGAGAAGACAUGGGACACUCUCAGCAGAGGAAAGUGCCUCUGUUACAUGGAAUAGGCAGCCCUGUUCGUCAGCCCUGCCUCAGCACCAUGUUAGGAGAGGAGCUCCGCCACAUCAAUGCCCUGCGUAACUGUGGGUCCCUUGUUCAGGACGGUAGAGGCCCCAGGCCCUCUCCUCAGCCAUUCUACAAUCAAGAGCUCUCUUCUUCUCCUUUGCACAGUCUUACCAGCUGACCUAGCUUGACCCAACGGCCUGCAACUCUACUCAUGCCAUCCUUGCAUUGUGUUAGUCCGCCCAACCUUCAGCCCCAGGUAACCAGCAAAAUGGUCGUGGAUGGAAUUGAGGACAAUGAUCACACAUUUCAAUUUAAUGUAGAGCAGAGGGAGACAAAGACUAAUGUAACAGACCAGUUCCAGGUGAGUGCUCACCUGCUUCUGGAGACAGAAGAAGUCGGACAGAACAUCAACAAACUAAACAAAGAGGUGGGCAACUUGAACCAAGAAGUAUCCAACCUGGCCAAGGAGCUCCACGAAAUAAUGCAUUUCCUCCAGUCUCAUAUGGCCAUGCUCCAUACCCCUCCCGUCUCCUAUGGCAUACAGAUGGUUCCCAGUCCUAGUGUGAGUGCUUCCAGCAGCUGGCAGCCCCACAGCCCUUUAAAUAUUGCCACUGGUCUGCACCUCCAUCAUGAAGCAAUUAGCCACCCUGCCAGAAAUGUGUGGGGCUGUAGUGGUAUGCCCUCGCAGGGCAGAAGUCCCACUUUGCUGCACCCGUCAAGCCCUGUGUCAUCCUGUGUGCACCUGUGCUGCUCCGAGAGAGAAGGGUCCACAGCUCAUAGGUUACAGAGCCAGUGCGGCCCCUUCCAAACCUCGAGAACGACUCCAAACUCUCCCUACACGACUCACUUACAUGCCCGGGGAGGUGCGUCCCUCCUGGGCCUCAGUUCUGCCUUCAGUAGCUUCCCAGUGAUUUGUCAGGCCUCACAGGUGCCAUACAAUGCCUCUAUUACCACGAUGAGCAACUCUCACCCUCUAUGUUCCUCGGUCAAUUCUGGCUACUCCCAUCCAUCUCUGAGCGUUCAAACCAACUCUGAUCCCACACAUAAUCCACCCAUCCAUUCCUCCGUCACUUACACUGGCCAGCCGCAGUAUCACAAUACCUUCAGCUCUCUCAGCCCUUCAGUAGUCCACACUUCAACAUGCACAGGCCCAAGGCAAAAUGACCCAGUAGGAUCCAGCCCUACCCACCACACACAGGACCCCGCAUAUUCUCUGCUGGGGCAGGUAACAAACAGAGACUGUAGAGCUUCACUGUAUCAAGAGAGGACAGACAGCAUUGAAUCUCAGAAUAUGAGCAGCAGUACUCCAACUGUAGAAAUGCAAUCCCCUCUCUUGGAUGUAGAGGGAAUACAAAGCCCACGCUGAUGACCUCUAUAUCUUGUUGUGUUCCUGUCUGAUAAUGAUGACUUAAUUUUACCUUAAAACAAGUUUUCUUCAAAUAAAAUGUUCCCUGCAACUCCCUUUAUAUCCACCCAGCCAUGCACCACACACUCUCUCUUUACUAUUCAAAGAGUAUUUGGAUAUUUAUGAUAUGAUAUGUACAUGUAUGAUCAUUUGUUAUCAGGUAAACUGAAAAGCUUGAGCCCAAAGGAGAUAUACUGUACAUAUUUGCAAUGCUGUCAUCACAGCUAUUAAUACCAAACUGAGUGUGCCCAGGCUGGAGAUGCAAGUUAUGAGCUGCCGGUAUGCAGCGCCACACAGUGGUGUCGGGGGGGUUACAACUACACAAGGCUGACCUUUCAUCACACACAGCACAGAGAAACAAACUGAAUAUGAUAAUCACCUGACUGCUCUGAAACUGACGAACAGAACGGAGUACAGCUGCACAGCUGAUUAAAAGAAAUGUGAUUACUUUGCACUGUACAUUUGCAGUAGGGGUUAUUUUGAUAAUAUAUUUUCUACAUUGUUCUUUUGCCUUGGUAGAAACACAUACGAGCACUCGCCAGUCCCACUAUGGACAAAGCCACUUUGAUUUGACACAACUGAAACAUAAGGGAAUUAACAACUCUCUUUUACAGUCGACUACGUGUCAAUGCUCCUCUGGAAUCUACUGUAACAGUGAUUAUAGAUAUCAACAUAUUGGAGAGGCAACACACUUAAAAUAUAUAUUUGAGUUUGGUGCACCAGAGAGAGUUGCUACUUGUUUCAUGGACACUGUAUGUUUCAAGCUUCGACCUCAUCAUUCCUGAGAGAGUGACAUUUCUGAUACUGAUAAUUCUAACUCAUCGUCUUUUACUACAAGUUUUGGACAUACUAAGUCACUCAAACACACUGAAAACCCUCCUCAGGGUGUCAUGCACUUAUGGUCGACCUCAAGACACUACCACUGGCCCUCAGCAACAAGGGCAAGUGCACCUUAACAAGGUAAUACACUGCACACAGGCCUUACUGUAACCCCGUAGCACCUAACAUGAAUCCUGACCUGUAUGGUGUAUUACGCGGGAUGUUAUCUGUAAUUCUGAUGUACACAGCAUGUUAAAACAAAAAGAAAAGGCUCUUCUGUCCAUGGCCCACACAACAAUAUAGAAGUUAUGUAUUGUUUUGGUUGAACUUGGUUGAACGAGGCAAAUAAUCUUUUUGUACAAGAGACAAAUUACAGCGUCGCAACGUCUGAUUCUCUUCAUUAUCACUUUAAUUGUCUACAGUGUUUUAGGCUGCAUGCUUCAUUGUGUCAUCUUGCCAUUGUGAAUGUUUUUCAGAUUCAAAACUUGAUUAGAAUAUCUAUCUAGUUGUCACUUUUUGGAAAUGUUUGUUUUUUCUGUAAUAGAUUCAUUAAAGUGAGUUAUGAUUCCUCC